GAGUCUCUAAUGGCUGGAUGCUGUGUAUCAGCCGAAGAGAAAGAGAACCAGAGGAUCAACGAGGAGAUUGAGAAACAGCUUCGCAAAGACAAGAAGGACUCGCGUAAGGAGCUGAAGCUGCUGCUGUUAGGUACCGGGGAGAGUGGGAAAAGCACCUUCAUCAAACAGAUGAGAAUUAUCCAUGGCGGCGGCUACACAGAGGAGGACAAGAAAGGUUACGCCAAACUGGUCUACCAGAACAUCUUCACAUCCAUGCAGUCCAUGAGCCGGGCCAUGGAGACACUCAACAUAUUCUUUUCUGAUUCUCAGAACCAGACCUAUGCAAACUUAUUGCUGGAGGUGGAAGUGGAUAAGGUGGAUCAGUUAAAGGACAGCAUGGUGAUGGCCAUCCGGAGUCUUUGGGAUGACACAGGAAUGCAGGAGUGUUAUGAUCGACGCAGAGAGUACCAGCUCUCAGACUCCACCAAAUAUUAUCUUACUGAUCUGGACCGAAUUGCAGAUCCCUCCUAUGUGCCCAACCUGCAGGAUAUCCUCAGAGUCCGAGUACCUACUACUGGUAUCAUAGAAUAUCCCUUUUACAUGGAAAAUGUUAUUUUCAGAAUGGUGGAUGUGGGGGGUCAGAGGUCAGAGAGAAGGAAAUGGAUCCACUGCUUUGAGAACGUCACCUCCAUUAUCUUCCUGGUGGCACUCAGUGAGUACGACCAAGUCCUGGCCGAGUGUGGCAACGAGAACCGCAUGGAGGAGAGCAAGGCCCUUUUCAAGACCAUUAUCACCUACCCCUGGUUCCAACGCUCCUCUGUCAUCCUGUUCCUCAACAAGACUGACAUCCUAGAGGAGAAGAUUGUGUACUCCCACUUAGCCAACUACUUCCCCAAUUUUACAGGACCACAGCAGGAUGCUAAAGCAGCCCAAGAGUUCAUCCUGAAGAUGUACCAGGAACAAAACCCAGACAAGGAGAAGACGGUCUAUCCCCACUUUACCUGUGCCACGGACACCGAAAACAUCCGCUUCGUCUUUGUGGCCGUCAAAGAUACCAUUCUCAGGCACAACCUGAAAGAGUUCAACCUGGUGUAA